AUGGGUCUGGCCUUCUCUGUACCACGCGGUAUGAUGAUCCCGCCAAGCCUUCAAAACAUGCUGAAGGAGGCUGGGGCCUGGCCGGCGCCCCAUGGAAACCUCUUGAGCUGGACGGCUCAGGGCGUGUUCCUGCUGAACACUGUGCUGACCGUGGUGGAGGGCCAGGCGAACUCCCACAAGAAUCUCGGCUGGGAGCGCUUCACGGAUGCGGCGAUCCGGACCAUCGAUCGUGAGCUAAGUGGGGUUAUCUUCCUGCUUUGGGGCAAAGAUGCCCAGAGCAAAGCAAAGCUCGUCGACUCCUCGCGGCACACCGUGCUCAUUGCAGGCCAUCCAUCGCCACUGUCCUACGAGAAGCACUUCAAAGGAUGUGACCAUUUCCGGAAGGUGAAUGC